AUGUACGAUAACGCUGGUGAAGACACUCCGGCAUACAAAGAGGAUUCUCAUGUUGAGUACGACUUUGACGAGCAAGUUGAUAUUUACAAAGCUGAUGAAAUCCAUGGCUAUGAACAAUAUAUUUAUGUACGCUUCUUUUUAUACGUCUGUACUUUUAUUGUCUUGUACAUUUUAGUCUGCGUACACGCACAGAAAUUUAUUAAACUGGCUUGCUUGAAGAGUGAUAGUACUAAGAAGGAGGAUGACGACGUUGAAGGCAACUGUGGCAACAGAAUCAUACGUAGCAACGUCAGUCAGAAGAGCAUCAUGUUUAAGAAAAACAACCACAAUAAUUUUCCCGGGACAUCUAAAAAUAUUUUGAUUGAUGGCCGAGCAGUAAUCGUUAAUCGACAGGCAAACAAAUUCAUCCCUCUUGAAAACAUUUACAAUUACGAAAGCAUUUUGAAUGUUGCUAACACUGAAAAUUUAAAUACACUGACAUUGGAGAAUUGUUUGAAUACAACUAAUUUUAAAUUAUAUUUUAAUAUUGGCAGACGCAAAUUCAACAUGUUAGUUUUAAAUAAUUUUAAAAUAUUAAUCCUGGUAAUAAAUGAAUAUACAAAAUUGAGGUGGACUGCGCACGAUGUGGGGGACGAUUGCAACACGGACAACAGGAACGGCGACUUCGAAACUCAAAAAAUUGAUAAUCAUGACAACAACAUAAAAGUGAUUGGCAGCAGCAUGAACAUAAAUGACAUCAACAUCAGAGAUGAGAAGAUGAAGACCGACGUCAGCAAGAAGCAAACGAGCACUAUUGAUUUCAAGCAAAACGUUUGCAACAUUGAGAACGAGAGCUUUCAAAGUUUUAUUAACAUGAACAUCAAAAUAAGCGACACCAUCACUCAGACGAGCAACAGUGAAGAACGUACAACAAGGAACGACAACAACAACAACGACCUAUUCAGCCUCAACAUUGAAAUAUUUAACAAAACUAGCGAAAUAAAUUUCAACAAAACGUUGCUUCUAACAAGAUUAAUUAUUAUCUUUAAACAAAAAUUAACCAUUACUUUUCAAUAUACACUUAUUUCAAUAACAAUUACACCAAAACUCAUGCAACAAAAAAACGAUGGUAACUUCAAAAAAAUCCUGUCUGACAACGAAGGCAGCAUCAAAUGUUUGGAGCAUAUCAGCAGCGACCCCACCAAGCAGUCAUCUGGUUACGACAAUAGCGACUGUGAAGGUUUCAACGCAUGUGACCACCACUCUCCAAGCGAUUCAGCUGUAAAGGUUGCACUCGAUAUGCUAUUCAAUGAUAUUUUUAAAAUUUUGUGGAAUUUUUAA